UCAAGUUAGAUUAUCAUUUCAAUUUAGUUAUUGUAUCAACUGGAUUGAAUUUAAUUGUAACUAGUUAAUUGUUGUGUUUGCAUUUCUCUCUUUGUAAAAGUUUUACCAAAAGAAAUGGACAAUCAAGUCCAAUAGUAACCUUCAAAUAAGAUCUUUGAUUUUGGAGACCCAACAACUUUACAAUUGUUAUUAACCUUAAAUUGUUUGUUUUUGUUUCAUCACGACACUUAUAAUUGUCAUUGGUGUAUCUUAAUUGUUGACUCAAAUCAUGGAUAAGAAAAAGUUUCAUAUUGUUUAUCACCAACAUCAUGAAAUUUGUCACUACAAUUGACCUCUGUUAUUGUUAUUCCGUUAAUAUUAUCAACUGUAAUACUUUUGUUUAGUUUCAAUUUUCAACACAAUUAAAGACAUUUUCACCAUUUUGGUUAACUAAUCAACAAUUGCCCAACAACAAAGAUUCGAUAAUCAAUCAAAACUGGACUGGUCAAGUUGAUCUUCAAUCACUUCACAUCAAGUGGUCAGUUCAAAAUGUAUCCAAAAGUUAUCACACUCAAUUUACUGUUAAUACUAAUACAAGGACUUUACUGCCUACGUAUUGUUGAUCUAAGAGUUCCUUCACCAACCAUUGCCGGUGAAUCAGUUGAAUUAACCUGUAGCUAUGAUUUAGAAGAUGAUAAAUUGUAUUCCGUUAAAUGGUACAAAGAUGGAUCUGAAUUUUACCGUUACGUGCCUAAAGACUGGCCUCAUGCUCAGGUAUUACCUAUGGAAGGUAUCAGAGUUGAUACAUCCAGAUCAGCGAGUACCACAGUUUAUCUUCGUUAUGUUGACCUUAACUCGGCGGGUAAAUAUCGUUGUGAGAUAUCAGCCGAAGCUCCUUCAUUCAACACUGCAGCAGCAGAGAAAGAUAUGGAAAUUUAUCAUCUACCAAUUGAAGAUCCACAAAUAAGCAUAGGAAAAUUCAAAUAUAAUCCAAACGAGGAGGCGAUCGCCAAUUGUACCUCCCCGAAAUCAAAGCCUUCAGCAUCGUUAACAUGGUUUAUCAACAAUGUCAAGAUUGGAUCAGAAUAUAAAGUUGGCUUUUCAACGACCUUAUAUAAUGAUGGCCUAGAAUCAUCAUUUAUAAGCUUAAACUUUGUGAUAAAAGAGCAACAUUUUAUUAAAGAUACUAUCAUACUCAAGUGUACAUCGCAAAUACAUGCAGUCCAAAAGACCAGUAAAGCUCAGGUCACUUUGUACCGGACAACCAGUUCAAAGAGUAAACAAGAUAAUCUUCAACGAGAUUCGCUCAGUGAAAAUUUAAGCCAAGUUGGUGAUUUUUCAAAUCCAAGGAUUAACAUGAGUAACCAUUUCGGUCUAAUUGUAUUACUGUUUAUAUUGAUUAAUUUAAUUACGACAAACAAUUUAAAUAUAAUCUUAUCAAUGGUUACAUAAAUUGUUUCACCUCAAUGGAUUUUGAUAAUUUAUUACAAUUAACUUUCACCAUCAUCAAUCAUUUAAUUGUUUCCGAUUUCCAUCAACAUUACUGGAUUAACUAUUAAUACUUGAAAUCAAUUUUAUCCUAACAUGUAUAUAAUAAAUUAACGACAACAAUUAAAGUUGACAAAUUUGUUUUCCAACUAAAUCAAUGAAUAACAAUCAAGGAAACUGAUUAAAACAAUAGUUACUAUUAAAAAAAACUUUUCAUUUUGUAAAUUUUGUUUCGUUUUCAAGACAAUUUAAAUUAUUGAUGAAAAAUUAAGCAAACAAUUAAUGAGCAAUAAUAUGUAAAUGAUAAUAAAAGAGCAAUUAAAUUGU